AACAAUGUCCGUCAGCAAAAUAAACCCGGCCAGUUUGUGAAUGGGUGACACAUGAAAACGUUAGCCGGUUAACUAUAUUACCGGAAGGACAAUUCGUCGCGCUAAUUCACAAACAACGUUAAACCACAAGUAUUUAAAGCUUAGUAAAUUGCUGCCGCAAGGUCGACCAGUUCUGAUUCGAUCCAGGGCCGUCCAGUAUGCAGGCGGAGUUUCGUCCACCCCGACGGCGGCCUCGUGUUCAGGAGGAAUACGAAGCUCCGCUGCCGGUCGUUCGGUGCCCGGAGGAGAAGUGCGAGCUCCGAGCGGACCUCAUCAACCAGCACGUGCUGAUCUGUAAUCCAGAACACAUCCAGAAGAUCCAUAACCAGGGUUAUUUUGGGAAAGGUGUGCUGUCCAGAGCUAGGCCGGAUCACAACCUCUCUUACCAAUGGGAGCAAUAUGAAGGUGUGUUUCUACCUGUUGUUUCCCAGUCCAGGUAUGAGGAGCUGCUCGUGUGGGCAGGAGCUGCGCUCUCCACCCAGGGAUCAAAUGAACAGACUGUCAGUCAAAUGCUGCACCAGCUCUCCCAGCCAGUAGAAAUGGAGGAUGUGCUGAGGGAAAUGGGAUGGGAGGGGGAUACACAGACAGAGAAAACUGCACCAGAGAGGAGGGUGUCAGAGAUGAAGCCAGAGGCCAGAAGAGGCUGCAGCUCAGUGAAGAUAAAGAGAGAUAACUUAGAGACACAAAAAGUGAACCCCAACUACGACCCUGACCCAGACCAGGACUCGGAUUCCCGCCCUGACCUUGAGCGUGAGUUCAACUCUGACGCUGACCCUGAUCCUGAUUCUUUAGUUUUGGGUCCUGGUUUUUUCAUGGUGGUCCCUGACAAUGAGGACAGUGGGGGGGUAAGGGAGGUUCGACCGGCCCCGUACUCCCUGUCAGAAUACCUGCAGCUCAGCCUUGAGGAGGCCUUCUUCCUGGUCUACAGUCUGGGAUGCCUUUCUGUCUUCCUGCACCAGGAACCCCUGUCACUCGUGGAGCUGUGGGGGAAGUUCUGUUCUUUGCGCCCGGAUUUCAUUAGCUCGUACGCAGCUUAUCACCACUUUCGCAGCAGGGGCUGGGUCCCCAAAGGAGGUGGGGCGGUGAAGUACGGCUCCGACCUCAUGUUGUACAGGAAAGGACCCCCCUUCUACCACGCCAGUUAUUCAGUGAUAAUUGAGCGGGUGAAUGGUGCGUUCGCGGGCUCAGCCUUGCGUCCAUUCUCAUGGCGUUCUCUGGCGGCUCUUAGCAGGAUCACCACCAACGUCUCCAAGGAGCUGAUGCUGUGCUACAUCAUCUAUCCAGCAGACCUAUCAGAGCCUGACCUCGACUCACCUGAGUGUCUGAGCAGACUCAAGGUUCAGGAAGUAAUUGUCAGCAGGUGGAUUUCCUCCAGAGAGCGAGCAGAGCUGGAUGAGUUCUGAUCUGUGUGAUUUUCUCUGUGAUGACAUCAUGUUGGUCAUAAAUAAACAGAUAACCUUAUGGAGAAGACUGAAUGAACAAGGACUGAUGAUAUUUGUUUGUGUUUAUUAAUAAAGCGGAGCAGCUUGUCUGUUUGAAUCAG